ACUAAAUAAUUAAAAGCUUAAAGCUUUUCUCUUAUAAAGUGUAGAUUGAUCUUAUCUGGUUUGUCGAGAAACCUGAGCAACCAACAGAAUAAAGAACUUCAGUUUAGUUAGCAUACACCGUACUCAGUCACAAUUACUUGAACAUGAAAAACUCCGGAAAGCUAAAGGGAAAGACUCUCUUUAUCACUGGCGCAUCUCGGGGAAUCGGCAAAGCUAUUGCCCUGAAGGCUGCAGCAGAUGGAGCCAACAUAGUCAUCGCAGCCAAAACUUUUGAGCCUCAUCCAAAGCUUCCUGGCACAAUUUAUACCGCCGCGAAGGAAAUUGAAUGUGCUGGAGGUCAGGCGCUGCCUUGCAUUGUGGACGUGCGUGACGAACGGCAGGUGCAACAGGCUGUUGAAGCUGCUGUGGCCAAGUUCGGAGGCAUUGACAUUGUGGUUAACAAUGCUAGUGCCAUCUCAAUCACAGGCACACUCGAAACUGAUAUGAAGCGUUACGAUCUGAUGCAGAACAUUAACGCCAGGGGAACUUUUCUUGUAUCAAAGACUUGCCUGCCAUAUCUGCUUCGUAGCCAAAACCCACACAUAUUGAACCUUGCACCACCAAUGAACAUGAGUGCUCGGUGGUUCGCCAAUCACACAGCCUACACAAUUGCUAAGUACGGAAUGUCUAUGUGUGUUCUGGGAAUGGCAGAGGAGUUCCGUGGCCAGGGCGUAGCUGUAAACGCUCUCUGGCCACGCACUACUAUUCACACGGCGGCCGUGGAAAUGCUUAGUGGGUCCGAAGGAGCACUAUACUCGCGAAAGCCCGAGAUAAUGGCCGAUGCAGCAUACACAAUUUUAUGUCGCGACUCCAGAGGCUACACAGGCAACUUUUUUGUGGACGAUGAGGUUCUACUAGACGCUGGCGUUAAGGACCUGACCAAGUAUGCCUGUUAUCCAGAGAACAUACAUCUGCUGGCUACAGAUGUGUUUCUAGACAGUAAAGGUCCUGUAGCCAAGUUGUAAAGUUAAUCGUCCAUUGAUGUUUAUAAUAUAUUUGUCGUGUAAAUAACAUAAUAACAACAAUAAAGCAUGUACAUAAUUAUUAAGUGCA